CUUAUUUUUAUUCAUUUUUUUGUACUGUUCGAUCGUUCUCCACUAUGAUACGGUUUCAACGAAGAAACGUUUUAUUUAUGUUCAAGUGAGAAUUUGCCUAAAUCAAGAUGAGAAGCCCGAAUGUGAAUGUGAAGGCAAACUAUGGCGAGCUCCAACCCGUCAUAGAGGAAAGUACAUCGGGCGAAGAGGAACAGGAAGGGCGCAGGAACGAGUCGCCUCCGCGUGGCAUGGAUAAUGUGAGACGAAUGAGCGAUCGUGGCGGAGAAGGAUCAGGACAUUCGGUCGUUACGAGGGAAGCAGUGUUACCGACUUUGUUUAGUCGUCGCGAAUCAGUCGCCUGUUUUCCUUUUGGAGCUGUUACAAGAAUAUUACCAAAACAUGGAAACCCAGUGUCCAGAAUGCCCGUACCACCGAUCGGUAGAAGAAGUACGCGCAAUCUUCGGUUGGACAUUAUGGACAACAUCGCAGACCUAUGAACGAGGGAGGUAAGGAUCUUUCGUUUAUUUUUGUUGAAGUGGUCACCACUUC